GGGCUGUCUCUCAGUCCCUUCCUGCUGCAUCACAACAGGCGCUAGUAGCUCUAGUAGCACCAGUGACCGGGGGGGACAGGAUAUCCACACUGCUGAUUCAUUCAGAGAACAUCUCUACUGGCGUUUCAACACUCGACAACUUCUUACUACGGGGGUACACCGACAGGAACUGGUUACAGCGCGAUAACCCCGCUCCAGCUGUUGGGAGAUGGCCAGGCCGGAACAGGUUCUGCUCUUGGAGCCUCAGCACGAACUGAAAUUCAGAGGUAAGAGGGGAGGGAGGGCCCGGUUUGGACGGGAGGGGGGGAGCUGGGUCUGCCAGCUGGGGUGAGGAGGGGGGCAGGUCAGUGAUAGGAUCACCGUACCGUGGAGAAGCUGCAGUCUGAGAGUCUAAGAGUAGGCAGUAAAAGAGCACCAUAAGGACGGUAGGUCAUCUGACAAGCUAGCUAGCAUGGCGGCUAGCUGGAUUAGCUCCCGGGAGCUAAGCUAGCCGGGCCCUGUUGCUGCCAUAGCCUCUCUAUCGAGCUCAACACGCAUUAAAAAUCACCACUACGACAGAGCAACCAUUAUAAACACAAGUCAUACUCAUUUAUUAGUUUAUCGUAUAACACGAACACACGAACAGCUACAUCCUGAGCAGGUGUAGAGAGCUAACGUGAGCUCGCUCUCUGAUUGGCUGUCUCGCUCUGUUGGCCAGCCAGCUGUCAUUUAAUAACCUGACAGCUCGCAGGACAAAUAGCCGAGCAACUUCUACAGUUUCAUGUAAUAUAUACGGCUCAUCAACAUGCCCGUUACUCUCAUCGUCCAGACAGAGACCUUUAUGUGGAGCUCGGCGUUUAGCUGCAAGACGCCACGUUGCUUUAGGCCCAAAUAACGUUACAUAAACACAUAUGGUGCUAUUGUAUCCGAUUUGCAACAGAUUACAGAGAUCCUGGCAGAGUUUGAGAUACUGCACCUUGAACUCUGGAGCAAGAAGAUUAGUUGUUUCAUACAUUUUUGGAAUAGCACAAACGACAGUCUACCUCUAAGCACAGUGAUAAACAUGAGAAAAGAUGGUGACAAACUGAGUCACACCCCUCAAAACUUUACCUAACCAGUUAUCAGGAGGUUAAUCUGUGCGACCAAAACAGAUAUAUGAUUUUUAACUGCUCUUUUUUUGUUGAUUAAAAGGGAUAUUCCGGCAUAAUAUUAAUUUAGGGUCAAACACACCGUAACAUCACAUUAGACACCCCUUCCAGAGAUGAAUGUUGCCGACCGCUUGCUUCUCUAGUUAUACCAACUUUAGUAACAACCGCACGAUAGCAAUACACAGCGGUCUAUGUCUCCACGCACAAACCUCAACCAAAUAUAUGUUUGGUUGAGGUUUGUUUAUGGCUCCUCAGACUGCUGUGUAUUGCUAUCCUGCGGUUGUUACUAAAGUUGGUAUAACUAGAGAAGCAAGCGGUCGGCAACAUUCAUCUCUCAGGGGGUGUCUAACUCUGUGUUACGGUGUGUUUGACCAUGACUUAAACUUACGCUGGAAUAUCCUUUUAAUGGUAAAAUACUGAAUAAGUUUAUUCAAAUUCUUGCUUGUAACUUAGUCAACAAGAAGCUCUAUGCAUGGGUGAUGCACACGCAAGCCACAGUCCCAGCUGUUAUUCUUAUACAUACUGUAUGGACAGUGAAAUUUGGCUUAUGCAACAUUUUGCAUGACUAAACUUGCAGCUAAGAAAAACAGCAGCACCAAAAACCUGCAAAAGCUUUUUCAUCAAUAGUGUUUGGAUGUGGUGGGAUGAGCUUCAGUGACUUACACCAAAACUGCCUUGGUGGUUCCCACUGAGUCACAAAAUCAGAAAUAUCCUAUUCUCAUUGCGUUGUGUAGGACAAAAAAGCCAUCAGAAAGACAUAGUGCCAAUAAACACUGUGGGAAAGCCUGGAUUUAACCUGGGUUAUCUUGAAAUUGACCCCGGGUAUGCUCUCCUCAGCAUUAGCUAACAUUGACCUGCUGCAUCUGUCCAGCUGUGCACAUGAAAGAUUGCCAGAGAGCUGAAGGGGAUGUUUUUACUCCCCUAAAACAGACAUAUGGUCCAGCUGAACCAUGCAGCUCUGAGUUUGACGAUGCAUGUUAUCAGGGACAAAGUGUCUCUCUUCACUCAGCUUAUACUUCCCUAAAGACCUCAAAGACAGACUGACUACUCAGGGACUGAGAACUUGUUCUGAGUCUUUUUUAUCAGUGGUUGAACGAUACCACUUUUGUAAUGGCUAAUGGUGAUACUGAUAAUAAAAGAGCAGGUUGGUCAGUGGCUGAUAUUUAAUGCGGAUAUCACAUAGUUGCUUUCUGCAUUUGACAAAAUACAACAAUUUAACAUGUAAGCAUUAAAAUUACUGGACCUUUUUAUCCCGUGAGUUAAGAUGAGAUCAUAUUUGGCUUCUCUAAAAUUGCAAAGAAAUACAAGGACUAAAAUAACAAAUCCAACUGCAAACACCACAAAAAGACUCUCCCACAAACAAUUGAAUCAGUUAAUCUGUCUCUCCCUGAUCAGAUUGGGUCUCUGUUGCUUUUAAAGAAGUACACCUGAAAUAAAAAAGUGCAUAUUUUGAAUGAUAUGAUUAUUUUUGAAAUAUUGAUUGGUGCUCAAUCGUCAUAUUUUUGCAAAGAUGGGGAAAUUCAGGGGAAAUAACUCAAAAUAAAUUGCAGGUCUGUAACCGAUAAUGAAUAAACAUGCAAUGCGAUAAAACAUUAUAGCAUACAGGUGAAUCUCACAAGUAUAAGCUAGUAUAAAAUAUUUUAGGCGUCAUGUCCACAUAGGCUGUUAUUGCUCCAUUUGGUGUUUUUGACUCACUGACAACAAGAAACACAGAUAUGUUCAGGUUCAUCCUUUCCCUAUUGUUGUUACUUAGUAUGAAGCAGAUGCUCUGUUGCAGAUGCUCAGUUGCUAUGGUUACCUGAGUUAAAUACCCCUUGUGCGUUUUUGUAACUGGUUUAAAUCCAGUGACUGAGAUUUGUGUUUUAUAUCAACUACACAGACACAUGCCAGUAAAUGAGAAGCAUCUAUAUCUGCAUCUAUAGUGUCAGGCGUUGAAUGAAUGUGUGGAUCCACAACUGUCAACCACACAGAGGAACUACAAGGAUGUGCUUUCUCAGUAUAUUACACAAUACCACAAAUCACAUGGCAAUACUCAGGCUCCAUGUAAUGUGUAGGCAUGUGGUGUGAAAUUUCAGUAGAUGGGAUAGAUAGUAAGUCUGCAGCAGAAACCUGAAAGCCCAAGGCUCAGCGCGAGUGUGAGCCAAAUAAACCGAGAUAUUACAACUAAGCUUUUUCAUAUUGUAAUAAUUUUCACCUCUGUCAGGGGUGCCAUUAACAGAUCUUUACCAAAACUAACAGUUUUCCACUUUUCAUCCCCCAUUUAUCAAGUAUAACCUUGAAAGACGACAGCUUCAAAUGUCUGCUCUUUAUUAUAGUUUUUAACUACCGUUUGUGGUUUUUUCGUGAGCUUGAUGCUCUCCCAAGAAACUCUGAGGAAGUAGUAGAUCAGGUGUACAGUAGUCGGUGGCGUGAGUCCCUUUCAUUAAAGGCCUUUUAGAAGUGGAGCCAAGUCUGCAAGGGUCUGAAUUUCCUCUCUGUCUUUGCUCAGAGGAGAAGGGAAGUGUCAGUUGCUCUGGAUAUUUGCUGGGCUGAAACUUUAUCUUGAAUCUGGUGUAUGUGCUAAUUUUAAAAAAGGUCCAUGUUUUCUUCCACAGUGAGGGAGCCUCUUUCAAGUACACAGUCUUUACUCACCAUAAUAGCAACAGUAGUGACCCAGUUUGUUAUGCUGCUUGAAAUGAGUGCUUCAUCAUAAAGCUUGGCCAGGCAACGUUUUGUGUUUUUCUCAGAAAAUCCCAAACUUAUAUGGACACACUGGGACUCAGUCAUCGAAUGCUGAAGAUUUAGAAGUCACGAGAUCUAUAUUUUCUGGGAAGUUAUGUAAUUGCUUGAAAAACACCACAAGACUAUCUUGAUGUCGUAACAUAAGAUAUAGAUGUCUGCCUAUAACAGAUGCAGUUCAGUGAUGUAGUUGCGAAUAGAUCUUAAUAUGCAGCUGUGCAGAGAAUAAAUGGAUCCAGAUAAAUGUGGAGGAAGGAGUGUCUCCCUGUGACUGCUUCUUAAAAUUGAAGAUAUCUGUCUCCUCUGUGACUUUAUGUUUCCGCAGUUUGCCUCAAGCUACAGCCCAGUCAUGACACGUCUUUUUUCAACUGUUUGUUUUUCAUAUAUUUUUUGUCUUUAUUGAUUAAUUUAAAAGUAUUUUGUUUGUGAUUUCUUCACUGGAGUUAAUAUAGAAUGGUGCCCUGGAAACAAUACAGUAUGCAGAUUUGAGUUGCAGUUUUGAUUGUUUCCUUAACUGGUUUGAUACUUUUUUUAUAUAUAUUUCUCAGAGAAUGGGGGACAAUAUGUUGUGGCUGGGAGUAGAACCAGCAACUGCCAUGAUGAGGAAAAUGCCUUUCUACAGGGACGUACUCUUAAACUGCUUGACCAACUUAGGGAUGUACUGAUCCAACUUUUUGAGUCCUAUACCAAUACUUAACUGAUCUGAUACAAGCUUUAAAUCAAAUACAAGCGAUCAAAUGAAUAUCUUUGGGUUGUGGAAAAAAUAAGUCAUCCUAGAACAACAUUUUGGGUGUCAGGAAGAAUUAAUAUACAUUUUUUUCUCCAUAACUAAUCAGCUGAUCGAGGAAACAACCAGCAGACCUCCAGACAGUAUAAAAGCUCUUCAGUCGCAGCCUUUUUCUUUUUUGAGCAUCAGUUCACGCCAAAACUAAUGCAAGUUACACACCCUGUCAUUGAAAUCAUGAAUAAGCAUAAUGUAUGAAGAAUAAUAAUGAUUAUGCUGUUAGUUUUCCCGGAUCUGAUUAGUGUGAAAUAUGUAGUGUUGGCUCUGAACAGACCAACUCUGUGAAGUCAUCACCCUUUCAUUUGUCAUUGGUCCUCAGUUGACGGUAAAUGAGCAGAACUCCCUCCAGUAAGUCCUGGAAAUGCACACGAGUGACUAACUAUUACCGGUUAUCCCUCUGGACAUAAUUCAAAUAGUGGUUUGUGGAGUUUUGUUAAUGAAUAAGCUGGUGCCAGAAAUAAUUAGACUAGUGUUAAUGAACUGUAACACUCUGGUUUUCUAAGGGAUCACUUAUUUAAUCAUAGAAUUAGAUUUGGUGAAAUGAAAGUGAGAUCACAGCCUGUACAAGAAGUGUAGUGUGUAGAUAAUAUCAGAUAGGUCUCAUUACAGGCUGGAUUUUCUUCACACUUAAUCCACUCGCCAGAUUAGAUUUGCACGUUUUAUGCUGCAGAGCUCUGUUAUCCGACAGACUUUAUAUUUCUGUUUAUGUCAUUAGCUCUUACAUGUAGAGUAAAGCUCUCGCGACAGAGGAAACACGCUCACUUCAUUCGUCUUUUUGGGAUGAAUCAAAGGUGCUCUUUGCUCUUUUGGCUUGUGUUGGAUAUGAGUGUAAUAACUGGACAUAUUAAUCUGUCUGGUGCCUCUGGAUCUUUGAAUCACCGCCCACAUUUUAAUAGGACUGAUGUGGAGAUUGGAAAAAGCUGCCAAACCAAUGAAGUCUUUGUUUUAAGAUUGUGAAUAUAGCUAAUCCACCAGUUUUGAACAUUUAAAGUUAAACCAAAACUUUUAGGGUUGGUUUGUCCUGUUGUCUAGACUAGACCAAAUGUAUUACUGUAUUGUAUAUUUCACCAUUGGGAUCAUAACGACUUGCCAAACACCAAUUAUCUAAUCCUGCAGUCUGCACGGAUAAAUCACUUAACCUUCACUCACCUUUAAACUUGGCCGGCUCUGCUGCUUUUUCCAAAGGUUUUUCAGCGUUAUUGACAAAUCUGUGCAGCUCAAUGCAUCAGGCCUUGAGAGAGCCACUGGAGAUGUGGCCUGAAUAAACAAUGACAGCUGUUAUUAAUUGGAGCCAAACCGCAUCAGCUGCUCUGAUAAUAGUCGCAGUGAAGUGGAGGGAGAUGACUUAUAAAGAUUUUAAAAGGUUGUUGACUGCUUAGAGGGGGAAAUGAUACUGAUCGCUGUUUACUAGGGCAGUAAGACCACUUCACAGCUGACAACAGAAUCAGUAGGACCCACCUUUUUACCAGGAGAACUUCCAAUCAACUUCCGAUCAUUCAAAAUCAGAAAGUGAAUUGAAUGUGUUGUAAUGACGUCUCAUCCAGAUCUUAAAGUUUACUUCAUGAUUUACAUACCACCAUCUUUUCACUAAAUAACAGGUUAAGUCCUGUUUGUUUAAACUGUUUCAUCAGUCAGCUGUGUAAACUCAGAGCUACUGUCUGCCUUUGGUCAAAUCUGUGUUAAAAAUUUGGCCGUUUUUUAAUCAUUAUUUUAGUUUGAUUUAGUACAAAACAGUUAUCUCAGUGUUCGAAAUGAAGCUUACUACUUUCCUUCCUGAGAAGUCACAAUGAAAUCAGUUUUUUUUUUCUAUAUCAUUUGAUUUAUUUGUGCUGCCAGAGAGGUUUAAUAUAUUCCUAUUUUAUUAUUUUCUGCUGCAGCAGAUGAUGAUGGAUCUGCAUGGUGAUGUCUUUUGAUUAGAGACUCUCAUUUGCCUUGAUAAUGCCACUUUCUGAUGCCUCAGCUCAAACACUUUACAGGCUUCUUUGCGUCUGGAUGCCAGAAACAGUUUUAUUCUCCAUCAGACUGUGUUGAUGUGUCAUUUUCUCCAACCGUCUGGCAUUGAAGUGAACUUCACUGAGCAAUGGUAUCUUAAAUUUAUGAGUGUGGUGGUAACAAAGAUUCUGAAUCCAAGAAUGUCUUUGGCUGCACUCGAAAUAAAAAUAGAUCUCUUUUUCCAGAUCGGAUUAAUGUGAUGUUAUUUGUUCUUAUUUAAUUUUCAUUUUUUUGUGGUUUUGAAAUCCAGACUGUGUGUUUAGUCAGCUAAAUUAUUAGAUAUUCAAUAAAGUAAAUCAAAUAAAAUCAAUUGCUAUCAUAAGUUCAUAUUUUCAUGACUGUAGGCUCAAACUGCUGGUCACAUGCCAUGACUAAGCUGUAGCACAGUCAGCUGACAUUAGCCAGGACUUAAAGCUCCAGUUUAUGGCUGCUGCCAUAAUACUAAAAUACUUGACUACCAGGAUGUAAACACACACAGACAGCUGAUGACAUCCUGUCGUGCACUGGGGUUCAGAAAAUAGAGACAGGUUGUCUACAUACAGUCAUGGAAAAAAUUAUUAGAUCUGGAUUUUCCAACAAGACACACAGAGUGGUCAGUUAGAGCCUGGAUGGAGAACCAAAACAUUCGAACCAUGCCUUGGCUUGCUCAAUCACCAGAUCUCAGUCCAAUUAUAAACCUGUGGAACAUCAUCAAACUCCAACUGAGAACCACAAACCCAAAAACAAAGUAGAUUUGGGAGAAAUUUUGAAACAGGGAUGGGCUGCAGUGAGACUCAAGACUCACGGCUGCAAUUAGGGCUGGGCGAUAUGGCCUCAAAUCAGUAUUACAAUAUACUGAUCAGUUCACCUCCAUAACGAUAAAUGGACGAGAACUACUCCACAAGCUGCUCACCCCCUCCCACAUUAACUUCGUCUACUUCAGCCGCUCCAACUGUUGAACCGUCCUCCAUCUCCUCACCUGUCUUUCCCUCUUUGUUACGGACUGGAUGGGGUGGAGUCACGUCUCUGACAUAGGACAGUGUCUUAAAGGGACAUGAGACCAUAGCCUACCUACACACAUCCAAAAUCAACUUUUAUUUAUCUAUUUUUUGACAACUAAUAUAUGGAUAUGGGAAAAAUGACGUUGGUUAUUGAUGUAAAUUUCGGUAUCUGUAAAUUUUCGGUUUAUUGCCCAGCCUUAGCAGCAGAGUGCCUAAAAGCUUUAUUUUUGGCAGAACUAUGCCACAGCUAUAGGUGUAAGAACUCAAGUGAUUUUGGUUAUUAUCAAGAAAACCGUGGAAAAUGACUUGAUAUCAGUUCUUAAAUGUAACUUUUAUGAGCUAUUUUUGUUGGUAUCAUUAUAUUUGUCCAAACAAAUGCUCUUUUAGUCGUACCAAGCAUUAAAAUGAACAAGAAAUUGAGGAAAACAAGGAUAGUCUUAUAAUUAUUUUCCAUGUCUGUACAUACAUGGCAUGUAACCACUCUAUCAGCACAGGCAAAAGGAGCUUAACCUGCAACAGGACUACAGGCUGGUGGUGCUCUACCAUCACCCUGUGCUUAGUCGUCUUAAAUAACCUGCUUAAUUUGGACUCUCUCAGUCACCGGGUAUCUUAAAUUUCCAUUGAAACAAAGAGGAAAUUUGUUGAUUUGGAUCAUAGAGACACAGAUGGUAAUCACUGUGGGAUAUUUUAUGAUGAAACCCUUACCCUUCAACACAAGAUUUGUAAGUUUCCUCCUCAUCUCCUCUCUUUGCAGGUCCUUUCUCAGACGUGGUCACCACAAAUCUCAAGCUCUCCAACCCUACAGACAGGAAUGUGUGUUUCAAGGUUAAGACGACAGCGCCGCGCCGGUACUGUGUGCGGCCAAACAGUGGAAUCAUCGAUGCAGGAACCUCAAUCAAUGUCUCAGGUGAGGAUGGAGGGACUGUGAAAUACCGAGUUUGCGCUCACUCACAACCUCUGAAAUGUGGAUUACCUGGUGCUUUGGUUCUUUGGUAUUGCAACAGGUUGAGGAUUCAGUCGAGCUGAGAGGAAAAUCUUUCUACAUCUCGUUCAGGGCUCUUGACAGUUUGAAACGAUGCUUUCAGACGAGUACUCUGCAGUCAUUGCAAAAUUGAGGAAAAGGGGUUUUGCAAGACAGGUGUAAUUUCACAAAAGGCAAGAAAACACAAUUUAAUACAAAAGCGACAUUGAAAUGAAACUCGGAUGAAGAAGUACAGCUGCCAUACUGAGCGCAACGUGCAAAUAAAUGUCUCUUACAGAUGGUAACACUUGAGAAGCCAAACCAUAAUCUCGACAGUAUCAUAAAUUUGUUUGCUCGUUUUAUACAAACACACACUUCCUUCCCCUCUUCUGUUACCCAGAACCCUCCCCUGCCCUCUCACCGCAGUCCCUCCUGGCAGACCUCAUUCCCAGUCAAGACAGGUAUAGGCUAGUUUUUCCACACUGUGCCACCUCUGCCUUUUACAGCCCCAGACUCAGUUUACAGCCUCCCCUAUCUGGUGUCAGCAACUGCAAACUGUGUCACUGGGCCCCAGCAAGUCAGCAAGUGGGUGACAAAUCUGCACAGUCCUCUCUGUCAGUCGCCAUCAUUUCUCACACUUAUUUGGGUAAAAGGUUGCAGGUUCGAGCCCUGAAAGGAGAUUUCUUUUGGUCUGAGAAUGUAGUUAGCAUGAGCAAACAUGUAUCCUUUAAGUCCUAAGGGAAGACUCAGGGAGCAGUGUGCUUAACGGGAUAACAAGGAGCUCUGGUCGCUUAGCUUGUCGGCUUUGUAUGCCUUUAAACUGCGCACACAUUAAGCUACUUUGAUGACACACCCCAGUAUAUCACAGGCUCUGCAAACCCAAGGUGAAACCAGGACUCGCUCUUUUCUGCUUUGUUGCUCUCCAACAGGCUGCAACAAAAUCAACUCUUUACUCUCAUUUAAUGGAUGCAUCGGUUAAGCUUUGUUUGCCAGCUUUCCUCUGCAGAAACAACUGUAACACUUUACAGCAUGCAUGCCCUUUGUUUUACCCCAUUUCUCAAAUCUUCACCGCACUGUAAGAAUCUUCAUGCUGCCAUAUUUGUCUGACCACCUACGAUCUGAGAAGAGGUCUGAGAGUGUGUGCAUGUCCUGCCAACUGUUUCGUGCUACCUGACCUACAUGACAGCGGUGGAAAUAACCCAGAAUAAAUAAACAGCAGAACAUGAGCAGGGAAGACAAAGCUGCAGGCAAAUAGAAAAAAGCAUGACAAGUGCAGGAUCAGAAAUGUUCGAAAUUUGUGUUGCAAAUGUUUUGUGCAAACGGAUUUGCAUUCAACGCAUCUGUAAGAGCCCGGGGAUACGUUCUGUGUGUUUUGUGUAACUCUGAAUGUAAACACAACUUCAGUUUGUUUAUACAAAAACUUGACCGGGUGCUUUUUUUCAAAUUUCUUCCUUCCUACAUUGCAGUUAACUGAUAAAAGUCUCUGAACAAACCAGACCACUCGAAGCUAAGUGAAAUAAACACUGCCGGGUCGUCAUACCAACAUUUCAAAGGGGUCUAGAGUCGAGAUACUCUGAAAGCACAAAAAGUCACUCCCAAAAUAACUGACUGACUUACAGUUUCACAGAGUUUUUCCUGCCAUCUAAGAAGAUUAUAUUGAUCUGUAACACGUUGCAGUCCAGUUCGUCUCAUAUUUCUAGCCUGGACUUUAGAUCACAUUAGCACAAAAAAGCGACAGACAUCCGCUUGUAAAGAAAAAAAAGAGCAGUCUGCCACAGGAUACCUACAAACUGGAGAUGUGUCAUUUGCUGGCUUUGCUGAGGAUUCACAUCGUGCUUUUGAAGCGUAACCCGGCUGUAACUGUAUAUGUAUAAUGUAGCCGUGGCCACAGGAAUGUUGCUGAGCCUGAUCGGUGUUAUGUAGCAGAAUUCAGUGGAAAAUAUGUGGCGUGAAGGUCUCAGAAAUCCUCGUGUCCACAAAUAUUGAGCUUUUUCAGAGGGUAUGUCAGAAGUUUGUCUGACAUAUUCAGGGCAUGUUAUCACUCUGAGAGAAGAAGAAAGCAGCAGAACACGUCACAAUCAGAGAUUUUUAUCACUUUUAAGAACGAGUUUUCUAACUGUACAGGGAAUCACAGGUUCAGACAGAUUUUCUCUUAUAUAAGCUGAUACUACAGGUUAUAUGAGCCAACCUUAUGUACACAGAUACACAAUGGAGAUCAUAUGAUAUAGAAUACAAGUCCUGGGGUAGGUAGAAAGCGCUUCACUCUAGCAUUAGAUAAUAGUAGGGCUGCACGAUGUUGGCCAAAAACAAAAUCCAGAUUUUUGAUUUCAACUUUUUAAUUCAGUGACAACUUCACCAAACUUAGCUUUAAUAAGUUUUCCUAUUAUCUCUCAAAACAAAACCACUGAAAAUGAUGUAGUGCAUAUGCCAAGCCAGUAAGUGGCACUGUAACGCUGCAGAGGAAAUGCACAAAAGACAGAAGAAGAGUACAGAGCAUGUGUAUAAAGGUUGUUUUGGUCGGACACGCUCAGGCGCCAUAAAAGAGUUACGCUGUGUGUCACAUGAUCAUUUCCAGAGAUGCAGAUAGACAUCCACACGGAGAUGAAAUGAUCGUCGUUUAUAGAUUCAUACACUCUCUGACCCGUUUUCAAAAAGUACCGUUUACAGUCACCUGAAACGCCGUUUUCAUGUGGAUGAAACGCUGAUACAACAAAAAACUUGCGUUUACUCCUGAAUUUGUUUCCGUGUGGACGGGUUGAUACCGCCUUCAGACAGACUUUGCGCUUCAUCUGAAACUGUGAAGUCGUACCAAUUCCACAUAACUGACUUGCUCUUGUCCUAUUUAGCCAUGAAAUUGACGGUUUUAAUUUUUUUACAUCGUCAUUAUCAAAUAAUCAGAUUAUGAUCUAAAAUCGAUUAAUCACGCAGCCCUAGUCAAUGGUUUCAGUAAUGAGGGAUGUUGGAUUUUGGACUUUUGCGAUAUCAUUAGUGUAAUAUUUUUUAAUUAAUUUUGGCCGAGGCUUAUUUUGAUACCGAUAUAUUCCUGCGAUUUUUUCACUAUAAAAAACUCAGUCUCUCCUGUAACAAAAUAUACCUGAUAGUCUUAUUGUGACGAGACAAACAGCAUCUGAUCCUACUAUAAAUCUAUUCUAUUUCAAAUACAGACACUUUCAUUGGCGUGUCUGCUGUCUGUUUAAGACACUGAAAUACUUCCAUACAGUCACAUUAGGAAUGUUUUCCAUAUGUGUGUUUUUGCACACGUAAGCUGUCCUUACAUUCACAUAUUUAGUGCAUCACUUUUUUCACACUGAUGAUUAUAUCAGCAGAAAUGUUGGUUCUGGCCUUUACAGAUGAUAAACUUUUUAAGCAGUUAUCUGCCAGCACUGACUUGAUGCCAAUAAUAUAAUGCAUCCCUCUGAAUAACUUCUUCAUAUUUUGUGAUACACAGACUUACAGCUACAGUGUGAAGAAAAGGAAAUAUUAAGCAACAUCUCGCAGUCAGACUCUAGACUGACAGACUCCAUGGCUCAACCCCUCUUGUUGGUGAGGCGACGCCCGCUUUUAAAGGUUAAAAAGUGCAUGAUAAGAAUAAUCCCCCAUUUAUCAAGUUUGUACACCCCAAAACAUCCAACAGUACAAUGUCUUUUGCACAAAAAAACACUCGCCUUUGUUUUAGCCUCUUCCAACCAGCAACUCAAACAUCUCACAAACUGCACGUCACUGGUCUUUCUCAGAGACAGCGUUACAUGUCAAUGCUGCUGUCUGCGUUUUCUUAUAUGUUUCAACAUGAAAUUAAACCCCUGGAAAUAGUGGGAAGUCCUUUAUUUCCCCUCUAAAAUCAGUAUGAGUCUGAAAAAUCUCAGAUCUGUUGGACUAAUUGGACACUUCUAAUAUAUGAUACACUCACAUGUUCUGCUAACCACAGAUCCCUGUAAAGGUAGGCGAUUCCUUCACAUGUAUGGUGGAUUGACUUAAGUUCACUCUCUCCGACCUCUGAACGGGUUAUCUGCUCUCCAUCCUUUUUGCAUGAUAUUAAAUUAUACCGACACGGGAGAGCACAGUCAGAAAGUGUGAGAUCCCGCUAACCUGAGAGGCCUGAUUAUGAGAACGUUUCAUGAGAGUUGGCUCGAACAGCGCGGUGAGUUUUCCCUCCAGGCUUGUAUCUCCACAGCUCUGGUUGACAUCACUCUCUUUCUCACUCCCACACUGCAGCGUCUCUGUAGGUUCGCUGAUCUAUGACCACGUUUUCGUGUUGAACAGUAUUAAGCAAAGUAGACGAGGGGCAGCCUUUGACAACUGAAGCUUCUACGAGUCGGUGUGAAAAGGUUACUGUUAUAGAUAGGGGGUGUCGUACAAUGAGCCAUGUGGCGUCAUGUGUCAUAUCUCCUUUCGUGUCACAUCAUGUCUUAAUGUUCGGAGCGAAUCUGCCUCACCGAUCUUGUUCUGCUAAUCAUAAAACUGAGACAUUAUCUUUUGUUUUUUCUUUAUUUUUAUUAAGUUGUCAAACACUGCAUUUGUUUUCUGCAGCGCUGCAGAGGAUCCUCUUUAAAUAGGUCAUGGAGGUACUGCAGUCUCAAGUUUUAUCCUUUCAUUACAGCUGACAGAAAACUGGUUAUUUUUCUCGUUUCAUGGAAAUGUCUCAUCAUGACUCUGUGAAUUGAGAAACUGAACCGAAUUACGAAAUGAUUCAAAUGAAGAGUUCUUAAGCAACGCAGAACUGUUUUUUAAUCAGAAGAAUAGUGAUCAAUUCAUCAUUCACUUCAUAUUUAAUUAAAAACUGCAAAAAAAACCUCACUUUUUAAAUGUGCUUUUUAACAGUUUUUUACAUUGCAGUUAUUAUCUGGGUUUACGCUCAAUGCACGACCUUUUUUAUUUAUAUUUGAAGCUUUUUGCUUUACUUUUUAGUUAUUGAAAAACUUUAAAAAUGUGUGGAUUUGAGAGAGCUUCAAGAAAAAAAAUGUGGUCACUCCCUAAAUUUCAUUAGUAACUGUAAUUAAUAACAUUUUAACUCCAUGCCAAAAUGCAGCUUUGAAGUCUAAUGAAGCAAUGUUAAAGAGUAUUUAUGAUUUGGGGGUCUAAUGAUGAAGUGAAACAUACUUUAUGAUCUAGACUUUAAGAUUUACUAUUCAAAUAAAAGUUGAAAAACAAUGAUUUAGAAAUAAGACAGAGAUUCAGAGUUAUUCAAAGUUAUCCUAAAGGUUAACACGGUCUCAUGGUACAAAAAUAUGCAGAAAAAAAGGCGCUCUGUCUGCUUUUUGAUGCCGUUACCCUCUAACAUCAGUCUAAUCAGCUGCACCUGUAUGCUCAGCUCAUAGGUGUUGGCCCCCCUGUGGUAUUUACAUUCUGUGUGACACAGAGUGCAUGUGUGGACUUGUCGACUGAAGUGAAAUGUUCCACACAAGAGUGCAGUGGUGUCACUGUUUUCCAUCAGGAAUACACCUCAGUGGCAUCACUACAGUAUGCAGUUCCUCUGUCUGUACUGUGGUUAAUGCGUCACAGUGACAGCUCUAAUGAUACAGAUCAAUAAAAUUUCCAACUCUUGUCCUUUUUGCAUCCAUAUGACUUCCUGCGGCGCUUCAACAACAUCCUGCUCUUAGUAUCAUGGAGGCGCAUUAGACAGGAUAUUUGGCAAAAAAUGAAACACACACACCACAGCGCUCUAAAACACACACAUCUAAAACUGAUAAACCAAUAAAGUCAAGAACAAAAUAUACUGCAGAUUAGUGCUGGGCGGUAUUAUCAAAAAUUAAUUUCUCAAUUUUUUAAAAAACUAUAUCAGCUAUUUUAUUUUUCAAGCAUGACAGGGUGUUAACCUCAUUUUUCAAUAAUUUAGAGAAUAAUCACUGCAGUAAAUUGGUUUGGAAUGACAUAUUUUAAUGUCAUGAGGAGUGAAUAUUGUAGAAAAAUAUUCAUGUCCACACUAAUAUCAAUAAAGUGAAGGAAUCAGGAUUCAUGUUGCGGUCAAAAAUCUUCUCUCAAUCUACAAAGUUGCCAACUUUCCCUGCAGACGUGAAGGACGCAGAUCAUAGUUUCAUGCAUUCUUGAUAUUCCAGGACAUGCUUGUGGCUAAAGUGGUGAAGAUAACUGCUUGUGUUGCCUCCUGCGGCUACAACUUAAGCCCGACAACAUUUGCAAAAUAUUGUGUGACAUUGGAUUUUUUUAAAGCUGAAAAACUUCCAAACAACAAACUUCAGUUUCAGAACUUUCACCGUGUUUAACAGUUUUGUUCACCGCUCAUUGACAUCCGUACGUUCAACACAGGCUGUGCUCUUACAUGCUGCUUGUUUGGUACAACUGCAAAACGCCCCCUAUCAAACAAUGUUCGCAGGCGCAACAUUCUGACGCAUUGCAUUCCCAACUUUUUGUACGCUGCACACUCACCGGUUUAAGGGUAUAUGAAAAAUACAUAUCAUAAAAAAAACAAAACAAAAGAAAAACAACGGUAUUCAGCAAAUGGCAACCCGCCGAGCACUAGGGCGAUACGGCCUCAAAUCAAUAUCACGAUAUAUUGAUCAGUUCACCUCUAUAAUGAUAAAUGGACGAUAACUACUCCACAAGCUGCUCACCCCCUCCCACAUUAACUUCGUCUACUUCAGCCGCUCCAACUUUUGAACCGUCCUCCAUCUCCUCACCUGUCUUUCCCUCUUUGUUAUGGACUGGAUGGGGUGGAGUCACGUCUCUGACGUAGGACAGCGUCUUAACGGGACAUGAGACCAUAGCCUACCUACACACAUCCAAAAACAACUUUGGUUUUUUUAUUUUGACACCAAAUAUACCGAUAUGGGAAAAAUGACGUCGGUUAUUGUCGUAAAUUUAUGUAUUUGUAAAUUUUCGGUUUAUCGCCCAGCCCUACCCAGCACGACUGCAGAUUAAAAACUGAAGAACUUACGCAUACUAAUACUGAUGUAGCAGCACUAAAGGGCACUAAGUUUGUGGUGUAAAUUACUCUACAUCUGUAUUUAAUCACAUUUUAAUUGCUAAUAUUUUCCAGAGUUUAGUCGCUCUUUUAUAUCAAAUUUCAGUGAAUUGUAGGAAACCAAAGAGAUUAUAGUCAGUAUAGUCAGUCUGUUCCUGUCCUGUUGUUGGAUUCUUCUGAAAGGCGGCUCCAUGUGUUACUGUGAGGUAAUCUGAACCCCAGGCGGACCUCUGUGAGCACUUGAAGGUAAAUAGUUAGCGGUAACUGUUUUGUGCGUCUUUUCUCUCGGGACACACACAAUUAAUUAGCGACAGGAAAGGAAAGUUUUGUUGCCUCCCUCCCUCACCCCUCUAAUGGUUCCAUUCAUCAUCAACAAGCAGGCAGGCCAGAUUACCAUCCUGCUUGACCGUGUUGACUACAAUUAGCCUCCGUGAGUGUUAUAAAUGAUUACACCGCGUGGAGAAGGAAUACUAAAUCACGCCAUUAGCAGACGUAGAUUUUUGUACGCGUGUUCAAAGACUGUAGAUCAAAGCAGCUGUAAAUCAUUUUUCUGCUCUUGUGCAUGUGUGUUUUUCUUCUCUGGCUCCGACUCAGAUUUUCUUUUAUGUUAUUCACUGUUUCUCUAUGAACUUACAUGCUUUCCUGCCUCCGCUCUCUAGUAUUGUCCCCUCGGACCAAAGGUAGAUGGCCGUGCAAAUUGGGUUUGACUCAAACAGGACGUUCUCAAUCUGUUCGUGCCGUCUGUUUCUGGUUUGGUACAUUGAACCGCCCUGAUUGCUGUAAUGGUGCACUACAUCUCUGAGGUUUUCCUCUCCAGGGGGAAUUGGCAUGUGCCAUAUAUGAAAACCGUCUUGAUAGUUGGGUUGGCUUUGAAAUUAGGAGGUCAUUUUUUUAAAAAGUAGAGGCCAAAGAGUCACACAUUCGGAGCAGACAAAAACGUUGAAAUAUGCCUUUCAAUUACACCCUCGUUAAAACUAAAGUCAAAGGAGAGAAAAGAUCACCAAUCAAUAGCUAUUUUCAUCCUCUCUGCCCUUCCACCCUCCUUGAACAGGAACAUAAGAAAGUGAUCAUUGUAAAUCAUCGUUACAGCUUUGAAAUACCUUCCCACUCAUUGGAAUGACAUCAAAUAACACAGCGGUGACCGAGCGGCCUGACGCGGCGAUGCCUUAAAGUCGUCUUCCAGCCCCACACCUGCUUUCUGUUAGGCCGAUAUGUAACGUUAAGAAAGAAAACGACAGGGUUGGAAGCUGUUAGAAAGAUUACCCCCUGGGGUAUUUGUAGAUCCGUCAGUGUUUCGCCGUCAUGGUAACACAAACUUGGACAUAAAUCAUCUCCAGCACUUUUUCCGUGCAGCCCGGAGCCUUGAAGGCUCCUACUUUAGUGUUUGACAAAUUCGUGGGUAUUUGAUACUCGCUAAUUCAACUUUAAUCCAGAGGAGUGGACGCAGAGUUGAGGAAGGGAUGGAAAGUUGCUGACAAAGAGGAGUAACGGUUUAUUCGCAGGAGUGUUUAUUUUGUAUUUAAGGCGGCAGAUUUUACCCACAAGUCUCAGCGUGUGCCGGUCUGUGUGCAGCAGUGUAAAGGACACUAACAAGACGCUUCAUCUGGCAUGUUUACCCAAGAAAAGACGAGAGGGUGAGGUUUCUUAAAAAGGGAAACAAAGCUGAGGUAGUCAGGCGGAACUGAAUGACCAUAGAAAUCCUGCAGACUUCCUGAUAACAGUGCGUCUCCUGCUGUGGUGCAACUUCUGUCAUAACACCACUCUUCAUAUCUCCAUGUUUUUGGAAAUUCUUCACCGCAGCUGUUCACUAAGAUUGUUAGUAACCCGUCCAGCUCCACUUUCCUAUGUUUGGAGAAGGAAGUCUUUACUUGUUGCCCGUCAUGUGACCCCUCUCAGGUCUCAAGAAUCGAGGCAAAUAUCAAAAUUAAAGAUGUGUGUGUGAAGUCAACUAAAUGAUUGAACAUGUUUACCCUCACAGCAGAGCACCAGAAUUUCAAGUUUGUUUGGGGGUAGGGCAGCAUGAUUUCAGCCAUGGUCGAGAGAAGGGAUCCUCAAAAUCUUCACCUCGUUUUCUCCUGCCUUUGCUGACACUGAUUGUGUUUUUGUGUUUCAGUUAUGCUGCAGCCUUUUGACUACGAUCCCAACGAGAAGAGCAAACACAAGUUCAUGGUCCAGUCCAUGUUAGCACCUCCUGACAUGACCGACAUGGAGGGAGUGGUGAGUGUUUCACAUCAGAUUUAAUGACUCUAAUUGCACGGAGAGGGGAAGUUGAUCAGCCGGGGUGAAAGGCUAUGCAGCAGAGCUGAGGAGAGUUAAAUCAUACCAGCAUGUGUGGUCUCUUCUUUACAGUGAAACAUUAUUAACCUGUCAGCAGAUGUUUUGAGGCUUUGGUAUGAUGUGAUGACUCACACACGUAUUAAAAAAUGCCUUCACACACUGAAUCAACCUGAGCGAUGGUAACAAAAGAGACACGGGGCCGAGGCAGCGGCUGAACCCUGCUGGGUUAUUGUGCACAUCUGCGUCUAUGACUGUCAUUGAAAUAAGAUUUAAAGCAGCUUUAUGAGGCGGGGUUAGACAGAGAGCAGAGCAGAGACGGACUGCAGUCCUCCUCCAGCUUCAUCUCUUUGAUUCUGAGUCCAGCUGUAGAUGAAUUGUUGAAAACAUCACCACGACAUAUGAGGUAUUCUUACCGAUAAGGAGAAAGAUUAAAGUCACAGUAUUCAUGAAAACUUAAAGAAAGAGGACAGUUUUACCUUCGACUGUAGAAAACAUGGAGCUAGCCUCAGCGAUGACACUCAUUGAUGCUUUUUGCAUUAUUAGGUCAUCAGGUUCUCUAAAAAUUUGAGCUUUUACUGUGUCUGAUUUUUCAAAAAGUCUAGUUUUGUUAUAGAAACUGAGCUUGUAUCACUCUGAAGUGGAGAUCUGAGCGGAGGGGGAGUGUUUGUGAAACUCUGGAGUCCAAAGUAACAGAUUUUUGUUUAAUAUAAAAAGAGGUAAUAACAUUAAGAUGGAAAAGUCCCUGUAGACCGAGCAUUGGACAGUGGCUUAAGGAAAUAUCAAGAUGUUUACCUUUGGAAAAAAUCACAAUUAAAGAUAAGCAAGAACAGUUUUAACACAUUUAUAGAUUUACUUAGAGAUGAGGACUUAUUUAGUAUGUUGGACAAAGCUAAAGGAGAGUUUAGUCAUUACCUCUGCAACUGAACUGAUUCUUUACUGAUAUUUACAAAACAUCUUACAUGAUGUAGGUUUUUACGGGUCGCCUUCAUGGUGAAAUUUAUCUUAAUUUAUCUUGAAUAUUCAUGUAUGUCUGAGCCAUCAGCCUUAAAAAUUCACAUAUAAUUCGUUUUUAUUCCGGUUGGGACUCGAUUAAAAGAAUUAAUCAAAUUAUUUAUUAUAUAGAUUGUUGAAAUUAUGUAUAUAUUUAUAUAAAGAGCUGCUGAAGCAUUAAAAAAGAUACAAGAAAUGAGGGUUUGGUUUGAAAAGUCUUUAACUGGGUGAUUACUGAGAGAAGAAGCAAAGUGGUCUCUAGUGGAAAGUAAUUAAACAGAAAUGAUAAAUUGAUUUAGUCAAAGUCAGACAUGCAGAAAAUUUGUUUUUGAUUCACAGUUUAAUUUUUCUUAAAGAGUCACUUUUUGAUCAAUAGUUUCUGCUAAUUUAAUGAUGCAGGUUAAAAUACCAAUCCUUCAUUUCUAGAUCCUGUCAUAAUAACUAAGACUCAAAGGGAUACACUCAGAGAAAAAUUAAUAAAUGAGACAAAAAAGAAAGUGUACAGUUUGUUGGUUUUUCUUCAUCUCUGGUGUUUCUGCUCUGUGGUUUCAGACCCUCCAGCAGCAGCAGCAGGGCGCUUUCUGAGGUUUCUGUUCUCUUGUGAAGAGCUGCAUUCAUUAACCGACCUCUCUAUCACUCUCAGUCUGCUGCCUUUGUUCUCAAAGCCUCAGACUUUCCAUUUUUCUUUCUUUCAUGAGUUUCAGAAAACAGCUUAGAAACCGACCAACCACCAGACGUGCUAUCUACAGAGAAAUACAACCACAAACGUUGUUGUUGUGACAUUUUUCACUCUCAGACAGUUGCAUUGGCAUCUUGUUUCGUGAUAAGAUUAAAAAGUAAUAAUGUUUUAAGUGUUUUUCCUUCUCUUUGUUUCUCCAGUGGAAGGAGGCGAAGCCAGAGGAGCUGAUGGACUCUAAGCUGAGAUGUGUUUUUGAGAUGCCAGUGGAGAACGAGAAAACGGUAAGCACGUAUUUUUUCUCCUUUUCUGCCUCAGCCAUGUCAGUUUGAGUCACCAGAAAAUAUCAAACAAACCAAAGGGAACACCUCCUGAAUCCGUGUAUCAUUCAUUCAUUUAAUUUUCAAAAUAGAACCAAAAAUGAAAAAAUGAGACAAUGAAUUGUUUUCUAAAUAUUCGUCUGUAAAACAGAAUUAAAAAACAGAUAAUAGUUUGUUUUCCGUUUUCUUCUUCUGCUCAAAUGAAAGUAGGAUAAAGGGAUAAUGACGGUUUUAUCUGAUUUAGACUUCUUCGUCUGUAGAAAGUUUCGUGACCCGUAGUUGAUCAAGAAACGGGCUUUGGCAUUACGGCUGGACUAGAGAGCUCGUACAGCACUUUUUUCAGGAUGGCAAAACUCAUGCAGAGAUUUAGACUCUUUCAUCUACAGAUGAAAGAGUCUAAAUCAGACAAAACUGUCGUUAUCCAUUUGACCCAUUUUCAUUUGAGCUGAAAAUAAAUGGAAAUCGGAAAACAAUCGUUUUCUCAUUUUUGGUUUUAUUUUGAAAAUCGAAUGAAUGAAUGAUUCUCCUAAAGUCUUCUGCCGUUAUUUUAAAGAGCACGCAGACCUGCCAACAUGUAUGCAUUUUGCAUACUUGUCACGCGUUUUGACCUCCGAGUUUCGGAAACAGCAAAAGUUUCUCAACAGCUACCGAGAGAGAUGGAAAUUUCCCCGCGUGCCGAGGCUGCUUUAUCACGCUUUUUGCACCAUGAAGUCACCAAGGAGCAACAGGUAACGAUGUUGUUAGCUCGCCGUUACUCAUUGCACGGUGCACGAGCCACAUGCGGCUCGUCAAGCCAUAAUUGGUGGCUCUUAUGGUAGUUUCUAUGUGGUAAACCUUGAUGGUGCUUCCUAAAGGGGGCAUUGUCAAACCUGGCAACGCAGCCUGUGUGCCAUGUGGCAUUGUUUACAACACUUUUCGGAAGCGCGCGUUUGCAGACAGGCUACGUUUGCUCCGCUAGCCGGCAUGAAACACAAAAUGGAUCGUUUUUUUUAACCAUUUUUUAAUUAAUCGAAAAAAAUGCAGUGUUGUGUUGUAAUUAUUUCAGUGGUGGUGGGACAGUGGGGAUCGCCCCUGGGAUCGGGAUGGGUCGGGUAGUAUUCAUAAAAAUGUUUCAAAGUUCGCAGGUCUGGAGUACGGCGCACUUUUAAUAAUUAUUUUGAGGUUAAAUUUUUAUAUUUAAAUCCUGCUGUGUUCCUUCAUUUCUCCUCCACCCUCCUAUCUUAGUUUUUCACUUUGAACUCGAAUCCUGUCUAAUACUCUUACUCUCUCUCCCGCCUCGCUUAUUCUCUCUCUCUCUUCCUUCCUUGUUUCCUCUGUCUCAAGUUUUCCACCUCUCUCAGCAUCACUUGCAAGCCUCGGCUGCCCUUUAUACUCCCUUUUUGUUAUGUCUGUGAUCCCUCUCGAACCCCAUGCUGCUUUACAAACGUUAUCUCAUCACAAUAUGAACUGCUUCUGCUGGCUCCAUUAUCACAGGGAGCAGAGAAGGACCCACAGUAGCUGCUUUCAAUUUAUUCUGUGCCGUGCGGUACAUGCACACGGCUCCGCCACGGCCUCCGAUUUUCUGCGACAGUUUUUAUUGAAAGCAGCUUGCUCCACUUCUGAAAGGCACCCCUGGGUGAACUCCAUGACAAACAAAGAGAUGGAGGCUCUGUGUCCUGCAGGCCUGUGGAUGAGCAUGUGUACCGCGUAUAAAAGUCUCAUGCAAAUAUGAAACUCUUAACUCAUCGCGUUUCAACUUUUAACCCACAUACAGCACGACAUGGAGUCCAACAAGAUGAUGUCGUCCAGCUUGCUGAAGUCAGAGUCCUCCUCGCUGCCUCAGAAGUCCCUGAGCUCCACCCUGGACGACGGGGAGGUGAAGAAGAUCAUGGAGGAGUGCAAGAGGCUGCAGAUGGAGGCUCAGAGGCUACGGGAAGAAAACAAACAGAUCAGGGUGAGUGAGAUGAAUGGAGGACUUCAGCUGAUUGAUUAGUAUUUUUCCUUCUGCUGAAAGAAAAGAGACAGAUUUCUCCGAGUCGCACUGACACGCUCAACAAUCGGGUGUACAACUCCAGCUGUGCAGCUUUGAAGAAACUACAGAGACUGUAGAGUUUCUCAAUAAAGUGAGGCUGUCGAACUAUUUAUAACAUUUUUCUUAUGCUUUGCAACUUUCUACUUGAAUUAAUCACUGCUGAACAAACACAGGGUGUGAUCAAUCACCUGAUGAGCUGAAUCAGACAGAUCCAGAAAACACAUUUCGGCUCGUUAUCAGUCAUCACAACUGUGCAGCACCCAGUUAAAAUACCUGGCUUAUGGUUAGAUUUAUUCAGAUGACACUGAGCGUAAAUCUCUCUGUAAAUGAAAAUCUGUUGAUCUGUUUUCUGCAUAUGUUGAGUUACAAACUAAGAGAUAAGGUCAGGGCUCCAGUGCUGAGGGCCCAAAGGGAGUCCAGGUUCAAGUGUGGAGUCAAUCAGAUGAGUGGAUCUCAACAGGAGCUCCAGUCUUCAACGAGCAAGACACUGAAAUUUAGUGAACGAUGAUAAGUAAAAAGAUCAAAACAAACCUCAAAGAGGCUUUAUUUUACAACUGAAGUCUUUUCACUGAUCAGGGAAAUUUUCGUUCCUUUGCUCAAAAAUGGAAUUUUUUUUUCACGAUUUAAUGUUGAGCUGCUGUUAAGAAAAAUGAGCAUCCUAAAGACUAAAAAAUGUAAAUGUGUAACUUUGACUUUGUACUCAGGGUUAUGUGUUUUUAUUCUGAGAGUUCCCCCAAAAUAAGACAAAUAAUCAUGAUUUAUUAUUAUAGGGCCGCACGAUUAAUCGAUUAUAAAUCGUAAUCGCAUUCUUUGUUUAUUACGAUGAAAAAAAAUUAAAUCGUCAAAUCGAUUUUCCUCUCUAUCACAUCUCGCGCCUCCAGGCCACCGUAGGUUCUUCCUUCCUCAGUUCCCACACACACCAGUGUAAACAAACAUGGCGUUUACAGAAGAAAGCGAUAAUUUCGUGGUUAAAUAGGACAAGAUCAAGUCAGUUGUGUGGAAUUGGUACGACUUCACAGUUUCACAUGAAGAGUAAACCACUCCCCGCUGCAAAGUCUGUCUGAAGGCGGUAUCGACCCGUCACCACGGAAACAAAUUCAGGAGGAAACGCUAAAGUUAUUUGUUGAAAACAGGUCAGAGAGUGUAUAAAUCUGUAAACAACGACCAUUUCAUCUCCGUGUGGAUGUCUAUCUGCAUCUCUGGAAACGAUCAUGUGACACACAGCGUAACUCUUUUAUGGCGUCUGAGCGUGUCCGACCAAAACAACCUUUAUACACAUGCUCUGUACUCUUCUUCUGUCUUAGUGCAUAUCCUGUGCAGCGUUACAGUGCCACUUACUGGCGCCACUUAAAUCUGGAUUUUAUUUUUGGCCAAAAUCGUGCAGCCCUAAUUAUUCGUAAGCCUUGUGUUGUGAAAGCGCCGUGAUGCCAGUUUGUUGCCAAACUAAUACCGAUGAGGUCACAGCCUAAAAAAACCCUUCAGCAUUCACUCAUGAGUCUAUUCCUGCAGCUCUGAUACGUUCUGUAUAUCGAAACACUUCGCAACAUCUGAAAAAGGACGCAACUUUUCCCCCCACACUGAAACAGCAAAGUUUCAUCUCAAUCAUCAAAAUGAGCAGAUUACAACUCUGGACAUCCACCGUCACUGCUGUGUUUCUCUGUAAUUAUUCAUCCUGAGUAAUGUUCACAAUCAAGAUAAGCAAAUAAAAAGGAAAACUUGCUUCAUGACACCACAGUGUCCUUCACAGAGGCAGUAAUUCAAGAUGGAGGUUUAUAUUGAGGACAAGUGCUCGUUUCUGUAAUCAGCGGCAGACCUCAGGAUUUAAGAAAUCAAUGAGUGUGGCAUCAAUCACAGCCAUCAGUGAGGUUUAAGAUUUAAGAUUGGGGUUUUUGUGAAGGUUUGGCUGGACACUCGUCACACACACACACACACACACACACACACACACACACACACACACACACACACACACACACACACACACACGGGGUAAGGAGAAAUCGGUCCUCACGCCCUCGCCUCCCCCUCCUCCCCCCUUGGCUCUUGCCAGAGGCAGAACGACUGUUGGCUGCUCCCGCGGCUGAGAUUAAACUAACAGAGAGCCCCCCCACCCGCUGCUGGGAAAUGAAGUGUGUUAAAGCCUGGCGCCUUGUGCAGUCCUCUGGGGAUUUGGUCAGAUGAAGAUUUAAGCAGAUCCUAUUUCUAUGAGCGAGUAAAUAAAUACGGUCUUAUCGUAUUGAUGGACAAACCGACUCUUUUCAGCGUCCUCUCCCACCGUCACUCAUCUUUCUCUGUCCUCAAACUUUCAGCGUUCUUCGUCUAAUCCCUCAUCUUUUUACACCCUUGUCUUUUCCCUCCUCUUCCCGCUCCAGGAGGAUGAUGGUCUGCGGAUGAGGAAGAGCAACAUGAUGUCGUCUCAGCACUCCUCAGUCGGCAUGAAGAGAGAGGAGGGCUUGAGCGCCCGCUCGGUGGCCCUCAUCGUACUCUUCUUCGUGGUGGGCGUCAUCGUGGGCAAGUUGGUCUUGUAGACGGCAGCGCAGUUCGAUCGGCCGCAGCAUGCUUUCUGGGGGGAAGAAAAACAAACAUGGGAUCUGGGAGUUUUGGAUCAGAAACGCCAUUAAGCCGCUUGGGUGGGGGGUGGUACUAGUUUUGAUUCAGUCUCAUUUAUGUAAAAAAUUUCAAAAGUAAUGUACGAGGAAAAAAAAAGAAGAAAAAACGAUUUAUGAUCUUAUGAACAAAACCUACUGUUACAGGUCUUGCCUCAGCGUAAUCAUCACAUAAUCAUUCUGGUUCUCUUCCCAAAGUUUCUUGUACAAAGACGAAUGGUUUUGUGGGCGGGGGGAUUAAUGGAAACAUGAUAAAUGCUCGUGAUUCAGACCAAUGGAUUUUCUAACACCGGCAAGGUAGUGUUGGUGCGAUUGAGUCAGUCUGCAACUGUGCGAAUGUCAUUUUAGUGUAAUGUUGUUUCUUUUUCUAAACGACGGAGGCCAGAGCCGAUGUAUAUGUAAAAGUAACUCCCUUCCUCGCCCCACUGUACAGUCCAUCCAGGUGUUCCUUCCAGCUAAGCCCCCUUUAAGGAAGGGAUGAACCAGAGAGACGAUCCACACAGUCGGGGGUCACACACAGGGCUAUCAAACUGACUCGUCCAAUCAGAGGCUUUGAAAAAAAGCGGCUCGUCUUUGAUUGUAGAGCGGCCGUCGUCAUCAUGUAUGAAACACUAGACCACAGGUAUUUUUUCCUUGAGUUUUUAUUUUCACUCGACUUUCUCGCGCUCACCCAUCACUCAGUGCUCACCGCAUCCCCCUGGUUGUCGGAGGGGGAUGUUCGAUUGCAUGCGUUCACACCACAGAGUGUUGCAUCUGGACUUUUGAAUCUAAUUUAAUUGCUUUAUUUUUUUUCAAUGGUGACAAUAAUAAUAUGUAAUUUGGCUGUAGGUUUGCACAACUACAUUUUUUUCUGAUUUAUUUCUCUCUCCUUUGUGUUUUGUUGCAUUUUUAUGAUUUUAAUUAAUUUUUUUUUCGUUGUUGUUGUUGUCGUUGUCGUCGUUAGGGUUGAAGCAUUUAAGAAUAUCGCAGCUACCAGAAAUGAGCUCCAGAUUUUGUAGGAUUAGAUCAUUUCUGCUAACGAACUCCAGAUGAAAGCCUUGCCUUGUGACCUGUUUGGGCAAGUUAUUCUCAGGCCAAGAUGGAGGUAUAUAAAUAUAUUUACAUUAAUAUAUAUAUACACACACACACAUGCGCGCGCACAGACAGAGAAAGCAUGCAUACAUAUUAGUGAGGAACCACAAAUGGGCAGAAGUUGCAUGUAAAGAGGAAUGGUUUUUGUGUUUCCUUUAUAACAUCAACAACAUCGAGGUCCUGUUAUGUGUCUUAACUCGGAGACCUCGGUCUUUUGAAGCUCUUUUUCGUUUCCUACUGAGCCAUACAUUUGUGAACUCUCUGUUUCGUUUGGGGCAAAUGUAUGUCAGAGAUCAGCUGAGUGUUUUUUUUGAGCUGCCUGUUUUCUCCACUGCUGGUGAGAUUGCUGUUCUUUCCACUCCACUGCGGUUCCAUUUUUGGGUGUUUGUUCAGCAUUUAUCCGUUGCUUUAAAAAUGUUAUAUCCUCACUGCAUUUGAAGUCGUGUUCAUUUUUAACGCACCAAGAUUAAGAGUGUCUCUCUUUUUUGAUCUUCCUGCAGCAUACUACUCGUUUAUUUUUGUUUUGUUUUUUCUUAAGCGAGACGUGGGGGAUGAGGGGUUCGGGGAGGGAGACAUACAGCAGCCUAGCUUAAAGCCACGAGGGGACCACAUGAUGACAUUGUACUGUUCAAGAGCCGAUGGUGAUUCUCCUGUCAAAAUAAACCGACAAACUGAGAAAAGAAAAAGCAUACCUUCAAACUGAUUCACAUCCUAAUUUGCAUGAGAGAAAAAGCAGUGAAAUUUGGUCAUUUUACGUUUACAUGAUUCGAUUGGAAAAAAGCGACAGUUGGUCUGUUUAUCCCGUUUUAUCCACAGAUGAUAUGAGUGUUUUCCCCCUUUGCUACAAUGAAAAAAAAACAACCGUCUUUUCAUGUAAAGUGGAGUGGAGCGCGAUGGAUGUGAGAGUGGGGUAAAUGAUUUGAAUAAACAUGAACUUGUGUUUGAACUGUAUCUCUGUAGAGUUGUUGGGUUGAGGAUGACUUGCUGCUUAGAGGGAGGGCAGAGCUGACCCUGAGCUACAGUCCAGUCUUGGGUUAUCAGACCUGGAUCGCACAGUACUUGCAAAAGAUUCUUCUUGUUCAGUGAUUCCUGUUUGGAGUAACAGACUGUUUAAAGAAGGAAGUUCUAUAUAUAAGUAUAUAUAUAUAAAAGCGUGUCAGAUGUACACGACCACUGUCCAGCUCAUCUGGCGCUCCAAACAGGACUAACCAAACAACAACAACAUUUCCCUGUAAAUACUCGCUGAUCCAGGCACGGUUGUUAAAACACACUACACUGACCUGUUCUGGAGUCUCUGACCAUCACCGUGAUCAAUGUAAGCAGUCGGGAAACUGUUUUGUAUGUAUAUAAAUAAAUAAAUAAGUCUAUCUGAGAAGAUUAAUAUUCCUAGUCAAGUAGUCUCUCUGGUGUAUAAAAACUACCCAACCUGGUUGGACUAUGUAGCAUCUUAAUAAAUUAAAUGAAUAAAGUCCUUACUGAACCGUGUCAAGUUA